AUGAACAUCUCAGCCAUCAUUUACUCUCUCAAGCUGCUGCUGCUCUUACAGGUUUCUUUUGGAUUUAAUGUCCAGAGUGCGAGAAACAAAAGAAGUGAUGCAGAUUGGCUGAAACAGAAUGAACAAACUGCAAUGGACGUUAUAAUCAACAUUAAUGAUUUUGGAGCGGUGGAAGCAGUAGACGGAGUGAAACUGAGGGAGGCAGACAUAGCCGUCUCUAGCAACAAUCAGAAAAGCUGCUUCGCUCAAACCUGCUUAUGGUCCAAAUCUGUAGAUGGACAUGUUUACAUCGCUUACGACCUCUCACCUCAAUACUCUGAAGUGGAUCGAAGCAAUAUUGAACAAGGAAUGAAGAUAAUUGAAAGAGACACAUGUGUUCGAUUUAUACCCCGAACUCAUCAGAGGGAUUUCCUCGACAUUCAACCCAAAUCUGGAUGUUGGUCAUAUUUGGGAUCCAGUGGUGGUAGACAGACUCUCUCUCUGCAGACUCCAAAGUGUAUGAGUUCUGGAAUCAUAUCUCAUCAGCUGAUGCACGCGCUGGGAUUCGUACACGAGCAGUCACGUGCUGAUCGGGAUAAAUACAUUACCAUCAUGUGGUCCAACAUCUGGAAAGAUCAUGUAAACAAUUUUGAGAAGUUUAAGAUGAACAACAUGGACCUGCCGUACGAUUACGGUUCCAUCAUGCACUACGGAAAGUAUGCAUUCUCCGAGGAUGGUGAUCCCACCAUCAUACCCAAACGCAAUUGGAACGUUAAACUGGGACAGAAAUUUGGUCCUAGUGGGGUGGACAUCAUGAAAAUUAACCGGCUUUAUAAAUGUAACUAAGCUGACGUGAUUCUGAAUGUUUAUUAUUGUGAUGUUUCAGCACCUGAA